AUUCCUAGUUACUUUAGUCGUGUUGAAAAUAUUUAUCGUAUUGUGAAUUUUACUGUGUAAUUAAAAACGUUUACUUGUUUUCAUAAUAGUCGUAGUGGCAGCUAUUAAACUCCGAUUGUUUAACUUGCUUCUGGUUUCUAUAACUCGCUAGCAGUGAUAAAAUUAUAUGUGGACGGUGAUACGCAUGCAGGAUUUGGAAUACGGUGGUCAUUAUUAAAAUACCUAUCUUCUACAGAAACAGACGCUUCUAUUGUCGUUUUAUGUCAGUUACCGCGAAGUAAUCGUAACCCAGCCAAUGACGACCACUUUUGCAUUCUACAUCUUCAUCGUAGUUAGUGUAAAGUUGUAAAUUGUGUUAUUUUGAUACCUAAAACUAGCCCUGCCGCUUACCAUUAGUAAAAUGGAAGACGACGGAGAUGAUAAAGAUGACUCCAAAAGGAGGACUAGAAAUAUGAGUGAGAAGAAAAGAAGAGACCAGUUUAAUCUCCUAGUCAAUGAACUGAGCACUAUGGUGUCUUCAAAUAAUCGGAAGAUGGAUAAAUCUACAGUCUUAAAAUCAACUAUAUCAUUUCUGAAAAACCACAAUGAAAUAACAGUUAGAUCAAGAGUCCAUGACAUACAGGAAGACUGGAAACCGGCAUUUUUGUCAAAUGAAGAAUUUACAUAUCUUGUUUUGGAAGCACUUGAGGGCUUUGUGAUGGUCCUCUCUGCUAGUGGGCUUGUUUAUUAUGUAUCGGAGAGCAUAACAUCAUUACUGGGUCACAACAUGGGUGAUGUGGUCAACAAAAGCAUCUUUGAUUUAGCUUUUGAGGAUGAUCACCCGAACUUGUACAAUAUACUUCAGGGCCCCGGCACAGCAGUAGACACAGUACAGAGAGGAAACCAAGAUAAGGAGAUACGGUUCCAGUGUCACCUGAGACGUGGCACGCUAGACUUCAGAGACGAAAGCACGUAUGAACUGGUCGAGUUCAGUGGACAUUUUCGUACUAACACAGAGCCGUUAGAUAAGGAAGACUUGCCUUAUAGAACGGAUCACGAAUCCAGAUUAUUCGUGUGCACGGGGCGCCUGCAUACACCGCAGCUGAUCCGCGACGUGUCGCUGGUAGACUCUAACCGUAACGAGUUCACCUCACGUCACAGCUUCGAGUGGAAGUUCCUGUUCCUAGACCACCGCGCGCCGCCCAUCAUCGGCUACCUGCCCUUUGAGGUGCUCGGCACCUCCGGCUACGAUUAUUACCACUUUGACGAUCUAGAGAAGGUUGUCAAUUGCCAUGAAGCUCUCAUGCAAAAAGGGGAACUAACGUCUUGCUAUUACCGGUUCCUAACAAAAGGUCAGCAAUGGAUUUGGUUGCAGUCACGGUUUUACAUUACCUACCAUCAAUGGAAUUCGAAACCAGAAUUCGUAGUCUGUACACACCGUGUUGUAAAUUACGCUGACGUAGCAAAAAGCGGGAAACAAGAAACUGUCGAGCCGGAGCCCGUGGUGCAGGAGGUGCUUCCCGAGGAACCGAAGGAGAGCAAGGCGGAGGAGCCGAUCGCGGACAUGUCCCCCACUUAUAUGUCCGAGGCGUGCGACUCCUUCGCCGCCUCCUAUUCUGCCGUGUCGCGACCGGCGUCAGUAAAGUCGGCGUCAGGCAGUUCCACGGGUACGACGGCAACAACGGGCGCGCCGUCGGUGUACGCGUCGUGGCCGCGCACGUGCACGCGCUACGCCAGCUCCGAGUCGUCGCGGUACGCGCCCGCCGAGCCGGGUCGGUACGCGCCCGGCUGCGACACCGGCUCGCUCUCCGGCGAAUCGCGCUCGUCGCAGCGAAACACUACUCGCUCGAAGCGUGCGUUACGAAAUACCGAGUUUGCCAGUUAUGGUGACGGUGGACUGAUGACGUUCCCGCAGCUCAAGAACGAGCCGAUGCUUGUGCCGCAGCGCGCGAUCGGCGCGCAGUACCUGGAGCCGGCGCCGUACGUGGGCGCCGUGAGCGUGCCCGGCGUGCCCGCGCCGAUGGUGUCGGUGGUGCCGGCGCUGCCCGGCGUGCUGCCGCUGUCGCUGCCCUCGCUGCCUGUCAUCGUCACGCCCGACCAGGCGCAGAUACAGUGGCCGUGGCAGGAGCAGCUGCAGCAGAAGCACGAGGAGUUGCAGCAGAUGAUCGUGCGCCAGCAGGAGGAGCUGCGCCAGGUCAAGGAGCAGCUGCUGUUAGCGCGCCUCGGCAUGCUGGAACCUUUGCCCGCUGUGCCGAACCCAUACCUAAACAACGAGACACAAAACCCGGCACGGCUGCCUGCUGAGCUGGUGUACGAGGAGUCGGACCGCGCGCUGGCCGUGGCCGGCUUCCCGCCGCCGCCCCCGCCACGCCCGCACCCGCCGCAGUGACUCCCCACACCUUCCACCCUGUAGCCUGCUAUGCUACCCUAGUAGCUUAUCAGGCAAUGAAGCAACUGAUCUUAUUGUUAUAACCACUUCUCAUAAAUACUUCACGUACCUAUUAUAGUGGUCAUUCGAUCCGACGCCUUCAUGAUUGACCAAUUUAUGUCGAUUAGUCGGCCACUUGGAGGUUUCAAAGCGAUUUUGAAAAUCGCCUUUGAUCUCCGUUACCUCUCGAAGAUUACUCCUGACGGAGAUGUUAUGCAUGUGUGCCAAUACCAAUGAAAAUGUAUGUGAUAUUUCGAUUUUCUUUAUACGAAACAUGUUACAUAAUACUGUAAUAAAAUUAUGAAGUUAUUUUUUUAUUGUAUAUUAUACAUAUUUUAGUUCUCAUAGUCAUAAAGCUCACCCUGCUCAUGUAUUUUCUAAUUUGGGUCCUUUUAUACGAGAUAACUUUUUUUUAGCAAAAUGAUAUAGUGCUAUUUCAAACAUGCCAUAAAUAAACUGUUAUUAGGGUAUAUUACUAAUACUUAUUUUUAAAUCGGCAGUAGUAUUAAUUUAGUAUUUUUGAUGAAAUGGUGGAGUUAUUAUUAUAUUUCGCUUAGUCGUCACAUCAAUGAACUCGCUGUUUAUAAAGUAAAAAGUGACUUGUGUUGUUAACUUGAGCGCUACAGCAAACGCAACUCAAUUAAGAUACGUAUGCCAUGGAAAUCUUAUAAAUACAAGUUGAAAGGAAUGACGUAUGAAUGUUGUCAGAUUAGUCAGAAACGAAUAUAUGUUGAAACAGUCCAGUGGCUGCGGACAUCGAUUGUACAAGACAGAGUUAAAUGUUUAUGAAGGUGGCACAUGGCGACUUUUUGCAGAGAUGCAGUCGCAAAAAGGCUGCGAUACAGUCUUGCUGCUGCUCGCUGGUCAUAUAGCCUCGCACACGUAAAUAUGAUACUGCAUCGCGACUAUACAGCAUCGAUACAGCCACGAUUUAGCAUCGAUACGGCCUUUAUUCACUCUUCCUAUACCCGAUGUAGAAGCGAUGCUGAAUUAAAACAACGCGACUGUGCGCUUUUUUCGCGGGUUGCAAAUUCGACAAGGGGCCACAGAAAUGUCUGGCGACAGAAAUGCUGCAUAAAGUCGCCGUGUCCGACCUCCCUUAGAUCUGAAUGCAGUAGUGUUUGCAGUAACCUAUAUGUGGUAUGUGUUUGUGCUCUUAAAAUAUUAUGCGGCUGUGUAUAUUUUGAUUAUGGAACUGAUUGAAAUUUAUUUUUGUAAAUAUAUUACCGAUCCUACUAAAUGACAGUGUACGCUUGACUGGUUUUAAUAAUAAAUAUCAUUUAUAUUAUUCA